CGGCCCAUGUCGGGCGCGGGCGAAGCCGUCGCUCCCGGGCCCGCGGGGCCGCAGCGCGGGGCCCAGGCGGGCGGCAGCCGGCCUCGCUCCCCGGCCCACGAAAAAUGCAGUAAAGACAAUACGGAGAAAGACGUAGCUCAAGCAACCAGUAGUCUCUUCACAUAUGGACAGAUGCAAGACCAGCGGGGAAAUCGUUCAGAUGGUGAACUCAUCAGAACCCAGCCUCAGCGCUUGCCUCAGCUGCAGGCUUCCAUGCAGGAGCCCAACAAGGAAGAAGCUAGCAAGAUCCAAAACGGCCACACAAGUCUGAGCAAUGGGAAUGGAAUUCAUCAAGGGACCAAACAUGCAUCUGCAGACGGUCACAAGCCUCCAGCCCCUGUGUCUCAAAAAAUGCAUAGAAAAAUUCAGUCAAGCUUGUCCGUGAACAACGAUAUCAGUAAGAAGAGUAAAGUAAAUGCUGUCUUUUCACAAAGGACAGGUUCCUCACCUGAAGACUGCUGUGUCCACUGUAUCCUGGCGUGCCUGUUCUGUGAAUUUCUGACCCUCUGCAAUAUCGUCCUGGGGCAAGCUUCGUGUGGCAUCUGCACCUCGGAAGCCUGCUGCUGCUGUUGUGGUGAUGACAUGGGGGACGACUGCAACUGCCCUUGUGACAUGGAUUGUGGCAUCAUGGAUGCCUGUUGUGAAUCUUCAGACUGUUUGGAAAUAUGCAUGGAAUGCUGCGGAAUUUGUUUUCCUUCAUGAGUAUUUAUCUUACGUUCAUGUUAAAAUGGAGAACAUUUCUGUGUUUUUCUUAUGGGGAAGAAAAGCACAUAGUAAGAUUCUCAUGAAACAACUCAGUAUUUGCACUGUUAACUCAUUCUUUUUAAGUAAUUUCUAACAGCCUUUCUCUCUCCCCAAAUCUACAUGGUUUAAUAUGUGAAGUUUUCACUAGAUUUCAAAGCUUUUUAGGUUAUGCUAACUGGGGAACAUACACACACACACACACACACACACACACACACACACACACACACAAAUGUUAAAUGUCUCCUUUUUCUUGAUAUUCUGUUUCUUCUUACAGUUCUUAGGAGAACUUUGCUCUAAAUACAUUAUCCACCUGCAGGUAUUUAAAACACAUCAUGUAUUUUUCACUAUUUAUCUAAUAGAAAUUAAAAGUAAGUUUUCUGUAUGUGAAAGUAAGCUCGGGCAGGCAGCCCUCAUAGUCCUGAGACCCCUAUGGCUGAUCUGCAGCCAUUCUCUACCUGCUCCCUUGUUCAGCAAACACUGAGUGCUGAUGGCCCCAAAGGCAUGGGGAGAGAGCAUGCCACUCCCCUCCAUAGCAGCAUGCAGUGCAACAGAGGGUCAAAGGACUGGACCAGCAUGAGGACUGCUGAGAAAGGGAAACCAGAAGAAUAAGCAGAAGAGAACCAACAGAACACCGUGGAAGGCUUGAAGGAGAAUGUGGCCUUGGAGCAACCUCUGAAGAUGAGUGAUUAAGAUUUAUCUACUACUGGAAGGCGUUUCUUUAAUUUUGGACAAAGUUUUAGGUGGAUAACCUGCUGUGUUUGUCCACAGCAAGUGAAAGGAAACACCUUCGGCACGUGUUUCAUUUUAGUUGUAGCAAUAUGUUUGUGUAAAAUUUAGAUGAACUAAUACAACUAUACAUUUUUACACACAGUUUAAAUGUUAUGAUGAAAUAUUUGAUUAAAAAAUAAUACCUUAUCCACAUAGCUGUAUUUGACCAAAAAUAGAACACUUUGGACCAAUUUUACUAAAAUUAAGAGGCUUAUUUUAAAAUGUUAAAAUCUUAGUACUCUAUUUUGAUUUAUUUUCAAAAGUUUCAUAUAUUUUAAAAGAUUUAAAUCUUUUGGGGGAAGGGUGAUCUGCAUGUUUUGGUUUGUUUUUUAGCAAGUGGGUGAUGUUUUAUAAGUGUAGUGUGCUUCCAUUGACACCUUCUCCCUGUGCUGUGGGAUGAACACCAGGUUUCUACUACCAUGACUAGAUCUCAGCAUUAUAACGUUAUAUCAAGUCAUUUUGGUGAGCUAAAGUCGUAAGGAAGUAGGAACUCUGUGACAAGAAUUAUGUAGAUUGAGCCAUCCAGCCUCUACAUAGCCCAGGUAAAAGGAAGAGUAAAUUUUUAUACAUGUAUUCUCCCAUGAGUUUGAUAUCUCCUACUUUGUCACCAGAAUUCAUUCACUAUAAUCUCUUAGUAUGUUUUAAAAGUUUUCUAUUAGCUGUUUAUUUCUGGUUGUUUGGGAUUUAAAAAAAAUCAAUUGUUACAACAAUGAUAAUGUAUUUUUAGGAAGCCUUUAUGUCACCUGUGCUUUGCCUUUGAGUAAAACUUAGUUUGUUAUCAAAUUAUUAUUUAAAGGAAUGUUUUUUUAAAAAAACUCUUUACUGCUAUUUACAUACACUAUUAAUUGUUCACUUAAAUGCAAUACUAGUCAAUAGCUGUCUUUUCCUCUUUAAAGAGCAACUUUAAUUUGUUAACCAGAAUCUUAGUAAAUAACUAUUAUCCCCACCCUCUUUUAAAAAGUGCCUUUAAUUUGUUGUAUCAAACAUGACCAGAAUCCGAAUAAUUCCAUAAACGCAAAGUUAAUUUAAUUUAUGUCUAUAUGUUAGCAUAUAUGGAUGGCAAAUAUUUCAAGACAUACAGCCUCUUAAUAGCCUAGAGUUGUUAGAUUAUUUGGAUUCUUAAGCCUGUAAAAUUUUUCCAUCAAGAUAUUUGUGUGCUCCUAGGUAUACCCUCUGCUACUAUUUGCAUUGAAAGAAUUAGCACCUUUGAAAUACUAUUUCUGUAACUUUAGUGGAUACCAGCGUUUUCCUUUUAUACUUGUGUACUUAAUAUUUUCUUCACUAUCUACUCUGGGCAGUCAUUCCAUAAAGUAUCUUGUAUAUAUAACUCAAAGUACAGAUAGGCAAAUGUGAAAGUACUUGCAAUAUGUUUUAGAAUUCCUAUAUGGAAAAUGCUUUGUCAAAUUAUAUGGCUAUCCUGACUUGAUGCUUUAAUUUACUGUUAUAUAUUUGGUCUCCUUAUUAAUGUGGAAUAUUUUAAAACUGGAGUUGUAUUAUCCUGAAUAUUUUAAAAUUAAAA